GGUAACGCCAAUUAAUGUUACGCUGGUAACGCACUCACUCAUUUUUUGUACCGAAAAGUGCCAAAUUGAAAUUCGACAUCAAGCCAUAUGUUGAGACCGUAUAGUGAAGCAACUUCUUACAAACGUUUGAUAUUACUCGGGUAAACUUCAGUCCCCUCUUUGGGCCAUUUGGGUGCAUUUUUACAACACAAAGCGAAUCAUUCUGCAGCAAAACAAAACCCUCCUGCUGCGACUGCUGCUACUGCCGGUGUUACAACAGAACCAUAAAACUCGUUGCACCGUACCGUGCCUACGACAGUCGUGUGAUAGGACGUCUCAGGUCAUAACAUUGAAAGAACGCCACCGGGCAGAACAGUUUCAAAAAAUGCUCCAAACUAGCAGCAGCAAGUGCUCAAUUCUAACCGUCCUGGUGUUGGUGAACGUGAUAGGCGAGUUUCCAUUGCUUCUAGCUAAGGCCGGUGACUGUGACCUAAAUGAGGUGCGCAUUGGAUUUGGAACAUCGUUCAGCGCACGGCGGGACGUUCGGUUCCAUCUUUAUACGCCGCUGAACCGCGCCGAUGCACACGUAUUCUCGAUCGAGACGGUGGACACGCUGAUGCGUUCCUUCUACAACUCCAGCCAUCCUGUGAGAAUUAUCAUCCACGGAUGGUUUAACAAUGCCACCUCGCUGGUGAUACAGGGCGUCAAGGAUGCGUACCUCGAUGCCGGCAGCUACAACGUGAUCGGUGUGGAUUGGGGCGUCGGUGCGGGAGAGUCCUACUUCCGUGCGUCACAGUACACGAUCGCGGUCGGGUUGGUGGUGGCGGACCUGGUCAAGCAGCUCGUACGCUCCGGUAUGGCCGAGCUGGAAAGGCUCUACCUGGUCGGGCACAGUCUCGGGGCACACAUUGCCGGCAAUGCGGGUCACUCGCUCAAAGCUCAACCACUCCACGUGAUCUACGGGCUCGAUCCGGCCUCGAUCAACUUCUUCCAGGACGAGCCGGACUCGCGCCUCAGCCCAGACGAUGCACUGUACGUGGAGGUUAUCCACACCAACACGCAACUUUCCGGCUAUCCGGCACCGCUCGGGCAUGUCGACUUCUACAUGAACUAUGGGCGUAAGCAGCCCGGCUGCAAGACGGACGUCUGUAGCCAUGGCCGCUCGACCGAGUACUUUAUCGAGUCGUUGCGUAACACGACCAAAGGAUUCUGGGGCGUCGGGUGUAACGAUUACGCCGAGAUCCGGCAGCGCACGUGCUACAACAUCAAGCAGCAGGCGGUGAUGGGUGGUGAGUACUGGCAGAAGAACAUUACGGCCGGUGUGUACACGGUCGAGACGCUGGCAGAGUCACCGUACGCGAUGGGUUACGUUCAUUAUGUUAAUCAUGCCUACGCCGGCGCACUCUCCAGCAGGGAUGUUGACAAUCACGAGUGGCACAUAGCGGCGGACGAGAAUGGCAACAUGCGUCUGGUGUCCUACGCCGUACCCUACCAGCUGGACGGUGAAAAGCCAAAGCGGGAUUUUGUCCCAGAGCGGGACACGCGCUUUCUGCUGUACACUGCCUCCAAUCCGGAGGUACCGCAUGUACUCCGGAACGGUGACAUUGCCUCGAUCCAGAGCUCUCCCUUCAACCCGAACAACCCAACGCGCAUGAUCAUUCACGGGUGGUUCGGUACGCAGGAUUCCGAGAUCAAUCGGCUGACCCGAUCGGCCCUCUUCUUCGGCGGUAACUACAACGUGAUCUACGUCGACUGGAGCGUCGGUUCGUUGGAUGAGUUCUAUCCGAACUCGCGUCAGCUGGUGUACUCGGUCGCUGCGGCCGCCUCCAACAUGCUGGACUACCUCGCCCGAUAUGGUCAGCUAAACAAGCGUGACGUUGUCGUUGUGGGACAUAGUCUAGGUGCUCACGUUGCUGGUAACGUUGGAAAGUGGCAAUCGGGUGCUAUCCCUACUAUUGUCGGGCUGGACCCGGCCUUGCCAUUCUUUACCAGCGAUGCUCCCGACAGGAUUAUGGCAUCGGAUGCGGAUUACGUCGAGAUCAUCCACACGAACGGUGGUGUGUUGGGCUUUAUGGAACCGAUCGGUGACGCUGACUUCUAUCCCAACUAUGGACGUGUCCAGCCGGGCUGUGGGGUCGAUGUGGGAGGUGGUUGUGCCCAUGCGCGGGCAGUUCACUUCUACGUGGAGUCGAUUCUUUCGAGACAUGGAUUCGUUGGGCAGCAGUGUGAAUCGUUCCAGAACAUACGGGACGGUACGUGCGCCCAGACGGGCGUUUCAUCUCGCAUGGGCAGUGAGCCACCGAAUGCCAAGGGUGCCCCGGAAGGUAUCUUCUUCCUGCAGACGGCCAACAGUUUCCCCUUUGCCGUCGGGUGCUAGUGAUAUUGACGAUCCGUCUAAAUAAGUUUACAGAGAGACACGGGCGGCUUUUAUGGGCCAUAGCACAGCGCUUUUGUUUACUAGUUCGUAAGAAGAUUAAUAUAAAUUUCCGCACAUAAAGC